AGAAAGAGGUAAUACUUUGCAGUACCAGACGCAUCACGAGACCCUUGAAAUUUUCAAGCUGAAAAGGCGUUGUCGGACUGCCUCUCUACAUGAUGGCGGCUUCUGCCAGUUCUAAGAAGGACCGCUCUUCUGUCUUGGAAAAAGUUGAUCGUAGGCUAAGUGUGGACCCUACCAUACCUCUUACAGCUACAAUUUUGACGUACAAGAUAGUGCAAUCGCAUGUGGAAUAUGUAAUAAGGGUACAAAGAGGGCCCAACCCUGACGAUAGCUGGGACGUUGAGAGACGUUACAGUGACUUUGCUGCAUUGAAUCAAGCUUUACAGAUAUCUGGUGUUCAAGUUAAUCUUCCACCAAAGCGAAUGUUUGGGAACACUGACAAGCAGUUUGUUACUGAAAGGCAACAGGGUCUUCAAGAGUAUCUUAAUAUUAUUGCGAAACAUCCUUUUAUAGCAGCAAGCCUUGAUUUAAAAUUAUUCCUGGAUCCUCAUAAUUAUUCAGAUAAAUGUCAUGAGAUAGCUUUACGUAAUGUAUCCAUGUUCUUUCGUUCUAAUCCAGAAUGGGCUAUUGUAGAAUCCAAAAAAAAUAUUGGAUGGAGAAUCAACAAGCAUUAUUAUCUUAUUGGUAGCAAAGGUGACGGUUUCAAGUACAAAAGAAUAUUGACAUGGAUUGAACCAGGUCCUGAUUUUUGUGUUCCAGAACGUGAACUUGAAUAUUUAUUAAAAAUUUUAGUUGAUCUUAAACAUCCCAACAUUCUUUCACCUUUGUCAGCCACAUACAAUGGUACAGGGUUACUGGUCACUAGAGAAUUCUGUCCAAAAGGAUCAUUACGAGACUACAUGCAUAAAAGUGGCCCACAACAUUAUUUGAAGAGCUGUUGCCCAACUUCUCCUCUUGAUCUUGGCUUGAUAAAAACAUAUGGUUAUCAAGUACUGUGUGUUAUGGAAUAUCUGUUGUCAAAAGGGUUUGUUCUAGGUCAUAUAACUUCUGGGAAUGUUAUGAUCAUUGAUUAUGGCUUGUGCAAAGUAUCUGACUUGGAGAAUUGUCUUGCUGGUUUACCAGUUUUUCAUCGAACAUUUCUCCUAGAGCUCAGAAAAGUUCAGGGAGCUGAAGCUGAAGCUGUUUAUUCCUUUGGACAUCUUUUAUAUGAAAUGGCAUAUGGAAGAAUACUUGAGACAGCAACAAUAGAAGCCCUCCCUCCAUAUCCUGCAGUUGACUCUAACCUAGGAACACUUCUCAUGUCACUGUUAAGUGUAGCUGGAGUAAAAGCUUUACCAAAAAUCAGUGAUCUUGUGUCUCAUUUAUUUUUCGCUGGUCAGCUUCCUCUUACUGAAAAACCUUCAUUAAAAGUCCCUAGUCGUUUAAAAGAAUUCCUAGUUUCCAUGAGAGAUAAAGUUGACGCUAGAUUGCAAGAGGAUCAACGGAAGCUUUCUCAUUUCCUUCGUAUGUCAAAAGCACACGAUUCUCUAAUGUCGGAAGAGGAAAAGAAGAAACGAAGGAAGAAGAUGAGGAAACAAAUGACACAAGAGGCUGACCAGACACUAGCAGAGGCAUACCCAACCUCAAAAUUGACAAAACAACUGUCAGUUCCUUCGUCAUCAGCCCCUACCAAUAGACCAUCAAGCAAAGCCUCAAGCAAGACGAGCAGCGCCAGUACAGCCUCAACAGCUCCCAAGAGCCCAUCAACAUCAAAGAGUCCAUCGACAACAAAGAGCCCGUCAACACCAUCUGUACCAGCUCCACCUACCACUCAAGCACCAGAGCCAACUCCUCCACCUGCCAAGACUGGAGAACGUGGUGCUCUUUUGAAUUCUAUUGAGUCAUUUGCUAAAGGGAAACUCAAGAAAACGGUCACAAAGGACAGGAGUGGACCUUUUUUAUAGAGAUGACAUGUUGUAAUAGUAUAUUGAAUUUUAAUUUUUAAUAAUAAAAAUUAAUAAUAAUUAAAAUAA